AUGGCGGGCGCGGAAGGUGCGGAGCUGAUCACUGGUUCCAAGGACAUUCUGGCGGCGGCGUCGCGGUACUUCAAAAAUAUCUUCGGGAAGGACCGUCGGGCCGAGGGUGCGGAGUGGAGCUUUAACCCGGCUCGCCGCCUGGAUGGGAGUGUGGCCGAAGUAUUAGUAGCAGACUGGACGGAACAGGAGGUUAAAAAAGCGUUUGCGGCGAUGGCGAGGAACAAGUCCCCUGGUAGUGAUGGCCUGCCGAAGGAGCUGUUUGAGACGCACUGGGACCUGCUGGGGGAAAGUUUCAUGACCAUGGCGAAGAGCUUUCAGAACAGUGCUUCUUUGCCAGCAGAGCUUAAGGAGGCUGUGACGAUUCUGCUGCACAAGAAGGGUGAUAAGGAGCAGCUUGAUAACUAUCGCCCAAUCACGCUACUGAACUUCACUUACAAAGUCUUGGCUCGGGUGGUGGCGGAUCGGAUGAAAUCGGUGCUGCACAUGGUCAUUUCCCCGGAGCAGUACGGCUUCAUUCCCGGUCGCCGCCUGUCGGAUGCGGUUGCGCUGGUGGCAGACAUCAUUGAAGGCGCGAAAAACGGGAUCGAGGACUGGUGUCUGCUUCUGGUGGAUUUCGAGAAAGCAUUCGACUCGGUCUCGAGGGAGUUUCUCUUCGAUGUGUUGGAGAGGAUGGGUUUCCCGGAGCGGCUUGUUAGUUGGGUGAAGGGCCUGCACGAGGGAACGACAACAAAAUUGCUGAUUAAUGGUUGGCUCGGGGAAGGUGUUGACGUGGUUUCAAGAGUUCGGCAGGGAUGUCCCCUGGCGCCGUACCUGUUUCUAUGUGCGGUGGAGCCGUUGGCUCAGGAGGUGGAGAGGCGGGAGCUCGGACUGAAGAAGGAAGGGCACCGGCUCGGGUACCUCGGAUACGCGGACGAUACAACUCUUGUACUGCAAGGAAGGGAGCAGAUUGGUCAGGCAGAGGAAAUAUUAAGUCGUUUCGAAAAGGCGUCGGGACUGGCAACGAACAAAUCGAAAUCGGUGGUUUUACCUCUGGGCACGAAUAUUGGGGCGACUGAUGAUGGGGCCGGUGGUUUCAAAUGGGCCAAGGCGGACGAGGCAGAGCGACUUCUGGGUGUGUGGGUGACGCCGUCUGGGGAAUGGCCUGCCGACUUGGGAGAAGACGUGGAGCCGGAUAGCAGAGAAGUUAACCAAGUGGCAGCUCAAAUACCUGACAAUCACUGCAAGGGCGACAGUUGUUAA